AAUUAUUUCUCUAUAUAUAUUGGAAACUAAUAGUUUGAGCUCCAACAUCUAAAACAUAUAGUACUUUAAAACAUUACAAAGGUAAGAAUUAAUAUUAGUAUGGAUGCAAUAUUAUUCAACAACACAGGAAUGGUGACCUCAAGAAGAGCAUCUCCAAUUACUUUAUUGAGUCGAGGUCAGCCAUCACUAGUUGUACUAUCAAAAGGGUGUCUCUCAACUGCUGGCAAAAUAAAAUUAGCUGACCCAAAUCCCAAUACUAUCAGACGUUCAGGGAAUUACAAACCUACUACCUGGGAUUUUCAAUAUAUUCAGUCCAUUGACAAUAAUUACGUGGGAGAUAUGUAUAUGGAGCGGCUUGAUGAAGUGAAGAAGGAAAUGAAGAAGAAUUUGAUGAUGAUGGUUGAUGGAUCAAUACAAGAAUUAGAUGUUAAAUUGGAGUUGAUUGAUAAUUUAGAAAGGCUUGGAGUAAGCUACCACUUCAAGGAUGAAAUAAUGCAAAUAUUGAAGAGCAUACAUGACCAAAAUGUAGCCACAGGACAUUCAUUAUACUCUACGGCCUUGAAGUUUAGGCUCUUCAGACAAUAUGGUUUUCAUAUCUCUCAAGAUAUAUUGAACAAUUUCAUGGAUGAGAAUGACAAUCUCAAGCAGAGUAUUUGUAACGACACAAAAGGGUUGUUAAAAUUAUAUGAAGCUUCGUUUCUCUCAACAGAAAAUGAAACCUCUUUGAGAAAUACGACAAAAUCCACAUUGACACAUCUAAUGAGAUAUGUUGAUCAAAAUCGUUGUGGAGAAGAGAAUAUAAUGGUGGAAUUAGUGGUCCAUGCCUUGGAACUCCCAAGACAUUGGAUGAUGCCAAGAUUAGAGACAAGGUGGUAUAUUAGCAUUUAUGAGAGAAUGCCAAAUGCUAAUCCUCUUUUGUUAGAGCUUGCUAAAUUGGACUUCAACAUUGUUCAAGCAACACACCAACAAGAUUUAAGAAUUUUAUCAAGGUGGUGGAAGAAUACAGGGCUUGCGGAAAAGCUUCCAUUUUCAAGGGAUAUACUUGUUGAGAAUAUGUUUUGGGCCGUGGGUGCAUUGUUUGAGCCUCAACAUAGCUACUUUAGAAGAUUGAUAACAAAAGUCAUUGUUUUUAUUUCAAUCAUAGAUGACAUUUAUGAUGUUUAUGGCACUCUUGAUGAGUUGGAACUCUUCACUCUUGCUAUUCAAAGAUGGGAUACAAAAGCAAUGGAGCAACUUCCAGAUUAUAUGAAAGUAUGUUAUCUUGCACUCAUCAAUAUUAUCAAUGAAGUGGCGUAUGAGGUUCUUAAAAAUCAUGACAUCAACGUUCUACCCUACCUUACAAAAUCAUGGGCAGAUUUAUGCAAAUCAUACUUACAAGAAGCAAAAUGGUACCACAAUGGAUACAAGCCAAAUUUUGAAGAAUACAUGGACAAUGCAAGGAUCUCAAUUGCAGUACCAAUGGUAUUAGUCCACUCAUUGUUCCUUGUCACAAAUCAAAUUACCAAAGAGGCCUUGGAUUCCUUAAACAACUAUCCUGACAUUAUUCGAUGGUCUGCUACUAUUUUUCGUUUCACCGAUGAUUUGGGGACAUCUUCGGAUGAAUUGAAAAGAGGUGACGUUUCUAAAUCAAUUCAGUGUUACAUGAACGAAAAGGGUGCUUCGGAAGAAGAGGCAAGAGAACACAUUACAUUUUUGAUAAAGGAGACAUGGGAAGCAAUGAACACGGCUCAAAGGAAAAAUUCUCCAUUUUCUGAUACAUUUAUUGGAAUUGUAAAGAAUAUUACAAGAACAUCGCACUUCAUGUAUCUGCAUAACGAUGUUAAAAGUAGCAUCUCCAAAAUACUUUUUGAGCCUAUCAUUAUUCCUAAUGUUGCAUUGACUCUCAAGUAAUUUUUUUUUUAUAUAUAUAGACUUCGUUU